AUCAGUGAAGUAAGAAAAUUUGAAGCACCUUCUCUAAAGAAAGCCUCAGUAACUUGACAGACUCAGCUGUGGGUUUUUUACCCAAAUUAAUCACUGGAUUCUGCAGCGUGAUACUUGAAUCUGGUUGGAAUUUUUCUCAUGUGGAUCUAAGGGGAAUGCUUUAUUAUGGCUGCUGUUGUCCAACAGAACGACCUAGUAUUUGAAUUUGCUAGUAACGUCAUGGAGGAUGAACAACAGCUUGGUGAUCCAGCUAUUUUUCCUGCUGUAAUUGUGGAACAUGUUCCUGGUGCCGAUAUUCUCAAUAGUUACGCUGGUCUAGCCUGUGUGGAAGAGCCUAAUGACAUGAUUACUGAGAGCUCACUGGAUGUUGCUGAAGAAGAAAUCAUAGAUGAUGAUGAUGAUGACAUCACUCUUACAGUUGAAGCUUCCUGCCAAAAUGGAGAUGAAACUAUUGAAACUAUUGAGGCUGCUGAAGCACUCCUCAAUAUGGAUUCUCCUGGCCCUAUGCUGGAUGAAAAACGAUUAAAUGGAAUUCCUGAAGUGAUGGAAACUCAGCAAGUUCAAGAGACAUUUGCAGACUCACCAGGAACCUCAUCACCAGAACAACCUAAGAGAAAGAAAGGGAGAAAAACGAAACCACCACGACCAGAUUCCCCAGCCACUACACCAAACAUAUCUGUAAAGAAGAAAAACAAAGAUGGGAAAGGGAACACGAUUUAUCUUUGGGAGUUUUUACUGGCAUUGCUUCAGGACAAAGCUACCUGUCCUAAAUACAUCAAAUGGACCCAGAGAGAAAAAGGCAUUUUUAAAUUGGUAGAUUCUAAAGCAGUAUCUAGGUUGUGGGGGAAGCACAAAAAUAAACCUGAUAUGAAUUAUGAGACCAUGGGAAGAGCUCUCAGGUACUAUUACCAAAGGGGUAUUCUGGCAAAAGUGGAAGGUCAGCGCUUGGUGUACCAGUUUAAGGAAAUGCCCAAAGAUCUUAUUUAUAUAGAUGAUGAGGAUCCAAGUUCCAGCAUUGAGUCUUCAGAUUUAUCACUAUCUACAACAACCACUUCAAGCAAGAACCAGGCAAGCCGAUCUAGGGUAUCUUCAGGUCCAGGGUUAAAAGGAGGAGCCACUACAGUUCUCAAACCAGGGAAUUCUAAAGCGGCAAAACCCAAAGAUCCUGUGGAAGUUGCACAGCCAUCAGAAGGUUUGAGGACAGUACAGCCCACACAGUCGCCAUAUCCCACCCAGCUCUUCCGGACUGUUCAUGUAGUGCAGCCAGUACAGACUGUCCCAGAAGGAGAAGCAACCGUAACCAAUAGCAUGCAAGAGGAAACGUUAAAUUCUUCUGUUCAGAGUAUUAGGACUAUACAGGCUCCAGGCCAAGUUCCAGUGGUGGUUUCUCCAGGGAACCAGCAGUUGCAUACAGUAACACUCCAGACAGUGCCACUUACAACAGUUAUAGCCAGCACAGAUCCAUCAUCGGGUACUGGAUCACAGAAAUUUAUUUUACAAGCCAUUCAAUCCUCACAGCCCAUGACAGUACUGAAAGAAAAUGUCAUGCUGCAGUCACAGAAGCCGGGCUCUCCUCCUUCCAUUGUCUUUAGCCCUGCCCAUGUACAGCAGGUUCUUCCUAGCAAUGUUCAGUCCAUUUGCAAUGGAACCGGCUGUAUGGCUUCUUCUGCAUCCUUCAACGCUUCUCCACCCGUGGUGACCUUUUCUCCUCGAAGUUCACAAUUGGUUGCUCACCCACCUGGCACUGUCAUUACUUCAGUUUUCAAAGCUCAAGAAACGAAAAGUCUCAUACAGGAGGUAGUGAAAAAGGAGGUCAAGGAUAAUUUGAAUGAAGACACUGAGAAAAGUGAGCAACAGCCACAGCCUUAUGUGAUGGUGGUGUCCAGUUCUGGUGGACUGGCCUCUCAGGUAGCUAUGAAACAAAACGAACUGCUGGAACCCAACUCUUUUUAAUUAAUAUACCAAAGGAAUUAUGGAUGAUUAUUUUUUAAUUGAACAUUGCCAGUUGUUCGCAAACUAUCUAAUUCU